CGUCGGCGACGCGACGCCGCGCGUGACCGGAAGCGGAAGCAGAAGCGGAAGUGGCGGCGGUGGGCUGUUGUCACGGGGACCGGGAGGAUGUCGAGCAGCCUGGAGAAACAUUUGUUUAAUCUUAAGUUUGCUGCAAAGGACCUGUGCAGAAGUGCCAAAAAAUGUGAUAAAGAAGAAAAAACAGAAAAGGCCAAAAUCAAAAAGGCAAUUCAGAAGGGUAAUACAGAAGUAGCAAGAAUACAUGCAGAAAAUGCAAUUCGACAAAAGAAUCAGUCCAUUAAUUUUCUGCGAAUGAGUGCCAGAGUGGAUGCAGUGGCAGCGCGGGUUCAGAGUGCAGUUACAAUGGGCAAGGUAACCAAAUCUAUGGCAGGAGUUGUCAAAUCCAUGGACAUCACCUUAAAAAGUAUGAACCUGGAAAAGAUUUCUGCUCUGAUGGAUAAGUUUGAACAUCAGUUUGAGACAUUAGAUGUACAGACCCAGCAAAUGGAGGACACAAUGAGCAGCACUACAACUCUAACCACGCCACAGGUUCAAGUGGAUUCAUUGCUCGUAGAGAUGGCUGAUGAAGCUGGUCUUGAUUUGAAUCUACAGCUUCCUGAAGGUCAAAUGGGAUCUGUUAGUAGCAGUGUGGCAUCUGCAGAACAGGAUGAUCUUUCCCAAAGACUUUCGAAACUUCGAGAUCAAGUGUAACGAUGGGAAAACAAUUGGCCUUAUUACCUAAUGCAAAUGGGGGAAAAUGUGUGGCUGUAAUAUAUUGAUAAUGAUAUAUUAAUAUUCUUUUGUAGUUUAGUCACUGGUAUGCUGUCACCAGAAAAGUCUAUGUUCAGUUGUAAACCUAAAAGAUGGUUAAUUCAAUAAGUAAGCCACAUUACUUCCUUCAGUUCAUUUAUCUUUUUUACACAUUAUUGCCUGAUAUAAACUGGGAAUCUACUUUUUGGGGGAGGAAAGUUAAGGUGCACUUUUCUAUUUGGAUGAAGCAGUCUACAAUCUCUGCAGUGAGACAGUUUCCCCUCUAAAAUGUAUUACAAUUUUGCUAUGGAAAAAUUGUAUCUUAUUGUGCUGAUUGCAUCACAUUUAAAAACACAUUUGGAUUAAGAGGAUUGAAAAUAUUUUUGUACUAUGACAUCCUGUUUUCACCAUACUUUGGAAGGUCUUAUUUUAACCUGCUUUAAAUUUAACUUAUGGACAGCUCUUGGUCUAAUUGUUGGAAUAUUCCCCAACUAUUAUAACAUUUAAUCUAUUUAAGAAGUCUGAACAAAACAUUUUUUGUGAGAUAACCUCAUUAAGUAGGGAUAUAAAAUAAGCCCUAUUGUAAAUCUGAUGAUGAUUGCACACUGAUUACUAGGCUGCUGUGUCUGGACGAGGUUUUCAUGUUAGCAUGAUUUUUUUUAUUUUGGAUUUCUUCCGCUGUACCUUGACCUUACAAUUAAAGGUUCUUUAAACUAAAAUACGUGUAUUACUCUGAAUUGAAACAGUCCUGCCCAUUCUGAAUCCUCCUUUGACAACAGCUGUUCAUUCAAAUUGCAGGCCUAAUUUUCUUAACCUAAGGGGCACUGAUCUGCUUUUCUCUUCUUAAAAAAAAAAAGCAGUGCUGUAGUCUUAAAAUUAAAAAAUUAAAAAUUAAAAAAAACUUUUUCUGGGUUCCUUUCUGCAAUAAGUUCACAAAGGUUUAUAACAUUCUGUGUUUUCUAAUGAUUAGAAGCUAAUGUUGAAUUUGUUUUGUUUCUGUGUGGCUGAUGCAGAUGGUGAUUUGCCCUCGCCCUGUCAUUUCUUUCUUUAACAACCUGAAGGAUGUCAGAGUGGUUUUCUCUGAGUACACUUGCCUAUUUUUUGUUUUUCAUUCUGCAAAUACUUUUUUUCUGCUGAAUAAUUUUCUAUUCUUUCCGACUGAAAUAGUAAUUCUUCAAGCAAUAUGGCUUUUAACAGAUAAUUGAGGGUGAAAUGAUGCCCUCCUUGACCGAUAAAACUGUUCUGUGCAUUAUUCUGCUCAUUGCAUGCCUCUUUUACUUCCUCUCUCUUGCUGUCCAAUGCAGUGAGAUCAGCCAAUACCUCACCUGGAUAAGUUUUUCGAUUGCUGAUAAGGAAUCAAACAUGAUUGUGGUGAAUCUGCAUCUGUCAUAUUCAAAGCCAUGGAAGAGGGUAGGCAUCCCAUAUAUUUGACUUGUGGAUUUGAUUUUUAGGGUCUGGAAUUAUUCCAUGGUUAAUUGGCACGCAUUUAGUCAUCACUUGCAUACAAUUACCACAGCAUGUGUUACCAAUUAUAAUUUGCACAAGGAACUAACCUUGUAGAUCAACAUGAAUUCAUUGAACCAAUUCUUUUUUCUGAGUUGGAAUUCAAUUGUGCUGUACCAUUAUGAUCAAUGCUGUUGCAUUCUGCUGGGAAGAUUUAUUUGUGUAAUUUAAAACCCAUGGUUUUGCUUUAUAAUUCAUUUCAGAGGAGCAUACAUGCCUGGGAUAUAAAUACUUUCAAGGCCCCAACUAGCCCAUUCCUAUUUUUGAUUUGUAUGUAAGUGUCCACUGUGAAUGUGUGAAAAUACGAUGGUUCAGGUUUUUGUCAUAGUGUAAAACAUUGGCUAGACUACCCUUGAAAUAGUGGUACCAUUCUGAUCAUCACACUGCAGGAAUGAUAUGGCUGUCGUAGAGAGAUUGCAGAAGAGGUUCACUAGGAUGUAGCCUGGAAUGGUGGGCUGUAGUUAUAAAGAAAGAUUGGAUCGGAGGAUUUUAUUCUCACUAUUACGUAAAAGGCUGAGGGGUUUCUUAUAGAGGUUUAUACAUUCAUCAGGGGCUUGGAUAGAAUAGAUUAUCAGAACAUUAUUUUCAGGGCAGGGAAGUCUAGAACUAUAGGGCACAGGUGUACAUUGAGGGGAGAAAUUUAAAGGAAAUCUAAAGUGGGAGAAAGGGUCUGUUUCACUGAUAUAUGAUUCUAUUAACUAUUAAUUAAUCUCUGAUAUUGCCAAAUUAAAAUCGGUAUGCUUUUAUUUGGUCAUUCGUUCCCUUUUUUGACUCUAUACACUUUAUCCCCUACUUCCAUAAUUGAAUUGACAUUGAAUUCAACCAACCUCAUUUGCCUUGCAUAACACUCGCUGCUUGUUUCUCCAACCAUUUAACUUGACUGGUCCGUUUUGGAGUUGCAUGCUUGUUUGUGUUACAAUUUGUACUCAACAGCUUGCAACACAAUUUUUAAAAACGAAAUGUGCAUGAAGUCUUGCUGACACAAGAUGAUAUGACGUGCCCUGCUGCAUUGUAAUGUGGCCAAUUUACUGCAUGGCUCAAGCCUUUGAGGUUUCUUAUUGAAAUUAAAAUAAUCAUGAACAGA